AUGGUCAACGACCCUGUUUCAACAAGUUGCCGCGAUGGUGUGAUUGUGGCUGCCUCUUCUUGCAGUCUGAGCCGAUGCUGUGAUCAGGAAGGUCUCUUCUGCACAGAUUCGCAAGGAGUUCAAGUGGAUGGCAAGUGUACCAACUAUUUCAGAGAAUGUACCGAUGGAAUCGCAAGUCCUGUCACUUGUGUGAGUCCUGGAACCAAAUGUCUGAACGGCAAGAUCGUUGCUAGCUCCGAUUGCACGAGCGCGUGCUGCACUUGGUCUGGCAUUAAGUGUACCAAUGCUUAUGGCCAGGAGCGCACCACCGUGUGCACGGGCUACUAUGUAAAGUGUGAGAACGGCGAGGUGACGAGUCCGAUUGCUGUUCCCGAAGGAAACUCCUGCCUGAACAAGGAAAUCGUAGCGAACAAUCUCUGCCCUGGAAACAUCUGCUACGGCAAGAAGUUCCUCUGCAGCGAUGAUAUGGGCGAUAUCGUGUCGAACGCCUGCACCCAGUACAUCUAUCUCUGCGAGGGCUUCGACGAUUUGAAGCUCUCUGUCGAGAAGACCAGCCAGGAUCGAGUGAUGAAGCUCUCUGACGAUGUUCGCUGCUACAAUGACCAAAUCGUGGAUGCUGCCGACUGUGAUGCGUGCCAGUGCACGGACGGAACUCUUCUCUGCACGGAUGUGAAUGGAGUGGCGCAGACGGAUAUCUGCACUGGUUAUUAUCGUCAGUGCAGCGAUGGCCAAUACAACGCGGUGGAGGCUGUGCCCAAGGGAACGAGCUGCAGAAACGGCGAGAUUCUGCUGGCUUCUGACUGCUCUGGCAGCUGCAAGGAGGGAACGAUCUGCACGGACUCGUACGGAAACCUGGAGACGAACAUCUGCACGAAGUACUACCGCGAUUGCUCGAACGGAGUGUACGGUCCUCUGCAGAACACCGCUGCUGGAAUGAGCUGUCUGAACGGACAAAUGAUUGCGGAGAGCCAGUGCUCGGAUGUGGAUUACGAGUGUGAUUUCGAAGGAAUUCGCUGCUCUACGUCGGACGGAACCCUCAUCACCGAUCGCUGCUCGGAUUAUUACGUGCAGUGCGAGUUCGGAAUGUAUUCCGAGCCUCGCAAGACCGCCAACGGAACGAUGUGCUUCAACAACGAGCAAGUGCCUUCUUCUUCCUGCACCACUUCCUGCGACUGGGAAGGCGUCAAGUGCUCUAAUCUGAACGGAGAGAUCAUCACCAACACCUGCACCAACUACUUCGUGGAGUGCGAUAACGGCAUGCAGACUACUCCCGUCCCUGUCGCCGAAGGCUCGAAGUGUCUGAACGGAGAGCUGGUUCCCAAGAACACCUGCUUGACUCCCGUCUGCACGGAAGACCAGCUGGUUUGUACGAACUCGGAGGGCGUCGUGGAGACCACUGCUUGCACGGAUUACUUCACUGUGUGCGAUAACGGAGUCUACGGACAGGUCCAGGGAGUGGCUUACGGAACGAAGUGCUUGAAGGGAACAAUUGUUCCUUCUUCCAGCUGCACGGGCGUCGCUUGCGAGUGGGAAGGAAUUCGCUGCUCGGACGCUGACGGCACGAUCUACACCGACAUGUGCACGACGCAUUUCGUUCAGUGCAAUGGCGGUUCGCUGACGGCUCCUCUCCCCGUGGCCAACAACACGCGCUGCUACAACGGAUUGAUUGUUGCGACCGAUAACUGCCCUUACGAAUACUGCGACUUCGACGGACUGAAGUGCUCCGAUGCCAACGGAAACGUCUACUACGAUCAGUGCACGUCCUUCUUCGUGGAGUGCUCCAACGGACAGCUGACGCAGCCCAUGCCGGUUGCCGACGGAACGCGCUGCUCGAACGGUGCGAUUGUGGACGCUUCGGCGUGCUCGACUGCGGAGUGCAACUUCGAGGGAAUUCGCUGCAGCAACGCGAACGGAGAUGUGUACGAAACCACCUGCACGGACUACUUCGAGGAGUGCGACAAUGGCGCGUACUCUGUGCCUCGCCCUGUGGCCGAUGGAACGAAAUGCUACAACGGAACGAUCAUCGAUGCUGGCCAGUGCGCUAGCCCGAUUUGUGACUUUGACGGAAUUGAAUGUGUCGAUAUCAACGGAGUUGUCUACACGGACACCUGCACGGCUCACUACCGUAUGUGUGAACAUGGACAGUACUCUGCGAUUCGUGACAUGCCUGCUGGCUCGCGUUGCCUGAAGGGAGAAGCCGUGCCUGUGAGCAAGUGCACCGGAUAUCAAUGCAACUGGGAGGGAGAGCAGUGCGUCGACGCGAGCGGCGUGAUCAUUACCAAUGCCUGCACUGAUUACUACGCGGAGUGCGACAAUGGCGCGCAGACCGCUCCUCGUCCCGUUGCUUCUGGCCAGAAAUGUCUGAACGGCGUGUUGGUGAACGCGAACACUUGCGACGCUGCGCAGUGCUCGUUCGAAGGAAUUCAGUGCGCCAAUGCCGAUGGAACCAUCGUUACCGACUCCUGCACUUCCUACUACGUCCAGUGCGACGAGGGUGUUGUCAGUGCGCCGCAGCCCGUGGCCGAUGGCACGCGUUGCCUCAAGCAAUCGAUUGUGUCCGCGAGCCAGUGCGACUCUACGCGAUGUGUCGAUAACACCAUUGUCUGCGCCAACGCGAACGGCGAAAUCUUCACCAACCAAUGCACGGAGUUCUAUCUGGAGUGCGAUCAGGGCGUCUACACGGCUCCUCGCGCUGUGGCCGACGGAACGCGUUGCCUCAACGGAACUCAGGUCAGCACCGAUAAGUGCACGGGCGUCCAAUGCACGAACGGCAACAUGCGAUGCUCAGAUGCUUCCGGAGCGAUCAACGACAACACCUGCACUUCGUAUUUCGUGGAGUGCAACAACGGUUUCUACGCGCGUCCCAUGCCUGUGGCCAACGGAACGUAUUGUCUGAAGGGCGAAAUGGUGCUGCCUUUCGCUUGCAGCCAGGGUACCUGCGACUUUACUGGAAUUAAGUGCACGGACGAGGCCGGAAUCGUCUUCGAUACGACCUGCACUGACUACUUCGUGGAGUGCGACAACGGAAAGUACACCAAUCCGAUGAAGGUGGCUGCCGGAACCAAGUGCAUCGGCGGAAACGUGGUUCUCGCCUCUACUUGCCCCGGCUCGCAGUGCUCGUUCGAGGGCAUUCACUGCGCGGAUUCGUCCAGCAACUACGUGACCGGUCGCUGCACUGACUACUUCGUGGAGUGCGUCAACGGCCAGCAGACCAAGCUGCAGCCCGUCGCCAACGGAACUCGCUGCCUGAACAACGAGAUCGUUUUGAGCUCUGCUUGCAACCAGCCCGAGUGCACCUUCACUGGACCGCGCUGCGUCGACGAAACCGGCGCGCUGGUGACCGGCAAGUGCACGACUCGCUACCAGGAAUGCGUCAACGGCGCGGUGACCACGAAGGUCGUGGACUCCGGCAAGGCUUGCCUCAACAACGUCAUCGUGGAGGAGUCGGCCUGCUCGGCGGUGGAGUGUGACUUCGAGGGCUUCAUUUGCUCGGACGCCAACGGCUCGCUUGUCUCGGACGCCUGCACCGAAUACUUCGUGACCUGCGUGAACAACAAGUACUCGCAGCCCGUGGCUGUGGCCUCCGGAACGCGCUGCUACAACCAGAACAUCAUCUCGGCCAGCGACGAGGUGUGCAGCUCCACGACGACCUGCGACUUCGAUGGAAUUCGCUGCUCGAACGAGGACGGAGAGCUGGUGACGGGCCGCUGCUCGGGCUAUUUCGUGCAGUGCAACAACGGCAAGUACACAGCGCCCAAGAAGACCGCGGUGGGAACGAUGUGCUACAACAAUGAACAAGUGUUGAAUUCGGAGUGCGCUGGAAUGGAGUGCUCUUUCUCCGGAAUGAUCUGUGUGGAUGAUGUCGACGACUUCGUGUCGAACACCUGCACGACUCGCUAUGCUAUCUGCACGGACGGUGUGAUCCAGAUCAAGUCCGUGGAGAGCGGAAAGGCGUGCUACAAUUCGCAGAUUAUCGCUGGAGACUCGUCUUCCUGCACUGUUACGCUGGAAGUUCAUGAGUCGAAGGUGAAGGGAAUUCGCGGACGGAAGUAAAUUUAUCAGUCCUUCGUAUUUGUUUGUUUGCAUAAAAUUUAUGUUAUGGAUGUGCACCCUGGAUUGUUAUCCAUUAUUGAAAAGAUGCUCAAUGAGGCAACCUCCCCGGAGAGCGAUAGCACGUAUGUGAAUCCUCGCCUGAAGAAUGACAUCCUUGUAAAUCUGUUUCUAAGCAUUCUAUCUAGGACCAAGUUAGGGAGCAUCACAUGAAUAUUAUGUACUAUAAUAAACUCAUGGAGAAGAUGCGGAAGAAGAAUAGUCUUGUGUCAAUUGGAUGUUGCGAAUCAGUUUAUAGACUCGAGAUUUAGCAUUUCAGAUAGUAGAUGAGCUGGUGCUGCAUUCGAAGAAAGUCCGUCAUCUCUUCGUCCAAUCAUUGCCUGUAUUCGACUUUCCUUACACCUCUAAUUCCAAGGAAAUCGUUGACUUGGCUUUUGGGAUACGCAAUGCUGUGCCAGAACCGGAGUACGCAGCUCGAGACUUUCAAAUUCGACUUUCUGAGAGUAUGGAAAUCUAGUAAUCGUUAGAUUGCAUUGUUUUAUGUAGUGACAAACGUUUUGGUGCCAUGUAUCCCCAGUUUUCUGUCUGUCGAGAAUACUUACGCGAAAAGAUUGUUCUUGAGCGGAAGAACCAAAAGAGGUUAAGUGCUUCCGCUUCUCCUUCCGCUUCCGCUUCCGCUUCCUCUAUGGACACUGGGAAACAGCAGCAACGACAGCGCAAGCAACAUUCAAUGGACAUUCUGCUGGAAGCGGUCAACAAGGUGGUGUGGGGUCUUUUCGAAGACAUGGAAGCGUUCGAAUACAAAUACUAUGAAGCGAUCCAAGUGGAGGAACCAUCGCCAUCACAGGAUGCAGGUUGGCUAUUGAUCUGUAUUCCAUUCAGAUAUGUUAAACUUCGAUGACCCCUUCAGACUGGGUGUUUCGUUGAAUUUCCGGCCUCCAGAGAAGCAGAAAAACAAGAUUGAUGUGAUUCGGGACAUUUACACUGCGAUGAGUCAGAAGUAUGAGACGCUUGUGAAUGAGCUCAUUCCGACUCUGGAAAGGAAUCAAUCAUUGCUCCAGGUGCGAAAUACUGCAAAGUAGUGUUGUACUGACCAUUGAACAUAGGUCCCAAAGAAACCUUGAGAAAAUUGAGAGGAUGCUCGCGAGGUGCUACAACACGUCGCAAAGAUGUACUCGCCUUAUCUAUCGCGGAAAGAGCAUGUUUGGUGAGGAAGACAUGUUUUAAAUCGCUUGUACCAU